AUCCUGGUUUUCUCGUGCGUGGUUAAUCUCUGGGGAGGCUAAUGUUACAGCUACCGUAAUGUAGCUACUAUACGAAAUGCGAUCCGAUGCUGCUUUAAGAUCCUCAGACCUCCCUCCCAAAGCCAGUCCAGGAAGGCACAUGUCAUGGAGGUGCAAUUCCAACCCCCGCCGCUGACCGGGACAGAGCCAAGACGGACGACGGCUCGAGGGGCGUGCAGCUAAUCCAAUCUAAUCAGAUGCGACCCAUCCCUGCGUAGCUGAUCCAAUCUAAUCAGAUCUUUCGCGACAUGCCCCCCUAUCAUCAGCAGGGAAAGGUGCUCAGUUUGGCCUGGCUGGGGAGCUAGUGACCAUGGCCAAGGGGAGGUAAUAACCAGCUCGAGAAUGUGUCGGGAGCUCGAGGAGGUGGGUCGAAGUGUGUGUGUGUGUGCCGUGGUGCCGCCAGGCUGUUCGAAAGCCGAACGUACUUGCGUUUGGGAAUAAAAAUUCGAGGGAUUUUCAGUUUCGUGUCUUUCUUUCAACUAGAGAUAGAUUUCUUGAGUCUGUUCGUUGUUUCUUAUUUGAGUGUGCUUGUUCACUGUCUUUCCUACAAGUGCGCGCAUCAUGUCUUCUAAUACAACUACCAUCCGCCGCCUCCAACAGACCACGCACCACCUCAACGAUGUCGCCGAGCCAACCACCCUCUCCCUCGUACACGGCGGCGCCGAACCAACCCUCGUCGACCUGACUCUCGGCGAGCUUCUAGACGAGCAAUGCGCGCUGCGCGGUGACAAGGAAUGUCUCGUCGUUCCCUGGACCGGCGCGCGAUGGUCAUACACCCAGUUGCAGCAUAAGAGCAGGAGUCUCGCGAAAGCCAUGCUGGCACUGGGAGUGCGGGGGGGUGAUCGUGUCGGGAUUCUCGCGGGCAAUUGCGAGGAAUAUGUCAGUGUGUUUUUUGCGGCGGGGUAUGUGGGGUGUGUGCUGGUGGUGUUGAACAGUACUUAUACGGCUACGGAAGCACAGUAUGCGCUGGACCAUUCUGGUUGCAAGCUUCUGUUUGCACAGGAGGAGUAUGGCAAAUUCAAUAACACACAGCUCCUUUCUGAGGUCACCUCGAAUCUCUCGAACAGAAAUAAUCUCGGUAGUCUCAAGAGCCUCGUCAUGAUAAAGGGACCCCUGAACGGCUUCCCGACUUACGACGAACUAAUCGAUGCUGGGGCCCUUAUCCCGAGUGAAGUCCUCAAAGCAGCAAGCAUAAUGGUCUCUCCCCAUGACAUUUGCAACCUUCAAUACACCAGUGGCUCAACCGGACAACCUAAAGCCGCAAUGCUGACGCACCACAACAUGAUCAACAACGCCCACUCUAUCGGCCACCGCAUGUCCUUCACCCCCGCCGACAUUCUCUGCUGUCCUCCCCCCCUCUUCCACUGCUUCGGCCUCGUCCUCGGCCUCCUCGUCUGCAUCACCCAUGGCAGCACCAUCGUCCUCCCUAGCCCCUCCUUUUCCGCCCCCGCCGUGCUCGCUGCGGUCGCUGCGGAAAACUGCACAGCGCUUCAUGGCGUUCCCGCCAUGUUCGAGGAACUUCUUUCCCUCCCGCGGCCGGCGUCCUGGUCGUGUCCCAAUUUACGCACCGGGAUAGUGGCAGGUGCACCGGUGCCGGUGGAGUUGAUGGAGCGAAUGGUGGGGGAGUUAAAUAUGAAGGAGUUCACCAGUAGUUACGGCCUUACUGAAGCUUCACCAACCUGCUUCAAUGCUCAUGCGGGUGAUUCCAUCCACCGCAAACUCACAACCGUAGGCCGUGUCUUGCCGCACCUGAGAUCAAAGAUCAUUGAUCGCCACGGCGCCAUUGUCCCAGUCGGCACGCCCGGCGAACUCUGCAUGGCCGGUUACUCACUACAGAAGGGGUACUGGAACAACCCCGACAAGACGCGGGAAGUCAUGAUCCGGGAUGAGCAGGGUGUAGUGUGGUUGCAUACGGGUGAUGAGGCCGUAUUUGAUGCGGAAGGGUACUGUACCAUCACCGGAAGAUUUAAAGAUAUUAUAAUAAGAGGAGGCGAGAACAUAUACCCCCUAGAAGUGGAAUCCCGCCUCGUCGCGCACCCCUCGGGGCUCAUCACCCGCGCGGCAGUGGUGGGGAUCCCGCACCCUAAGUAUGGGGAAGUGGUAGGAGCCUUCCUUCUCCCCGCACCUCCGUCUUCCCCAUCGUCGUCAUCGCAAGAGGAGGAAAGACCGACCGACGAUGACCUCCGCGCGUGGGUCCGCGAGGUGCUGGGGAGGCACAAAGCGCCAGCGCAUAUUUUCUGGUUCGGGGAUGCGGAGACGGGGAUGAGUGAGGUGCCGCAGACGGGGAGUGGGAAAGUGAAGAAGCAUGUGCUGAGGGAUGUUGCGGGGAGGAUUGUUGGGGGGCGGUAG